GUAUCAUUUUAUGGUGAUAGCUUUGUGGAGUUGAACAUGGCAGAAGUAUCCUCUCAGACAUCCUUACAGCUGUGGUUUCGAACAAGCAAGCCACAUGGAUUGCUUUUUCUUGCAGCUGGAAAGAAGGAUUAUUGUUUAAUGGAGCUACGCUCAGGAAAUUUACAGUUGAGAAUUAACUUUGGCAUGGGGGAACAAGUACUGCAUUCUCGGCAAAGAUCUCAGCUGAAUGAUUUAGCUUGGCACCUCGUUGAACUACAUCAUGAACAUGAUAAUGUCACAUUGGUAGUUGAUAAAAAUGAUAGAACUAAUGCAAAAAUGCCUGGAAUUCUCUAUGAACUAAAUAUUGAUUAUGGAUUCUACGUAGGUGGUACUAGCAAACUUGACGUUCCUUACCUUGUUGGAGCAUUGCCCAGUUUCCGAGGAUGCAUUGAUCAUGUGUCAUUCAAUCAGCUAGACAUUCUGAUGCCUCUGAGACCUUCUCCUGGCUUUAAAAAUGUCCAUGAAGUUUCGGUGGGAUGCAGUGAUGAAUUCUUUGCAGGUGAAGAUGAGUCCAUUAGUUUCUUCAGUUCCAGAUCCUAUAUUUCUUUCCCGUCAUGGAAUGUUGAUGAUGAGGGAAUUUUGGAGUAUACAUUGCAAACCUCAGCUUCACGUGGCUUGCUGCUUUACCAUCCUGGGCAAGCAGGAGAUUUCAUUGCAAUGGAAAUGGAAGAUGGAUUAGUUAAAGCCUAUGUUGGAAAACAUAAAAGUAGAACCCAACUUUCCUCUCGUAGGUCUGUCAAUGACAGUCAUUGGCACUACAUUGAACUGAAAUUUACUGCAGAAUAUUUGCAGCUAACACUGGAUGAAGAAACAAUUAAAAAAUCAUUGCCUCCCCACAGCGAGCUACCACUUCUGAAGGGGUCUCUCUUUGUAGGUGGUGUAGAUGACAGCACACGAUCAGAAGUGAUUAAGUUAGAGCUGACUUCAGUGUCUGGGAAGUAUGCCAGAGGAGGGUCCUUCAAAGGUUGCUUAAGAGAUCUGAAGGCCAAUUCAGAAAAGAAAUCGCUGAAGGAUGUUCUGGUAACAAAGGACAUUUCAGCUGGAUGUGAAACAGACAGUGCUUUUAAUAAAAAUCUUUCUUUAGAGAUGGCUGUCAAGAGCCCUACUGUGAAAGCAGCCCCAACAUUUGCCAUUUCCUCUGAAAGCUCUAUCUCUCUGGGCAAGGAAGAUAAAAGCCACUUUUUAGUUCUAAGUAAGUUGAUUGUGCUAGAGGGUGGACAAGCUUCUCUCGAAUCUCAACAUAUUCAAGUCAACUUAGACUUUCAGAAAUUAGGGAUUCAUCAAUCACAAAUUCUUUUUGAAAUAAAGGAACCACCCUCUCAUGGAGACUUGAAAAUAGAAGUUGAACCAGUGCAGAAGGUAAAUACGUUUACUCUGCAGGAUGUGUGGCAAGGGAAGAUUCGUUAUGUCCAUGAUGGCUCUGAGGACACUUACGAUUAUUUUAAUUUCUCCAUUUCUACCAGUAGCAAAAAGAUUGUGCCUCUAUAUUUGCAGGGAAAUGAGCAGCAUGUGUUUAGCGUUACUGUCACUCCAGUAAAUGAUGCACCUGAAAUCACACUUCCUGAGGGAAACUUGCUUCUUAUCUUAGAGAACUCAAAGAAACGUUUGACUAGUGAUCUAAUAAAAGUUCUAGAUAAGGAUACAGAUCCUGUGGAUCUCAGUCUUUCAGUGCUUGGAAAUCUGAAUGCAGAUGCAGGAUUUUUAGAAAAUUCAAAGCAUCCUGGAAAAGCUAUUACUACUUUUUCUAACGAGGACUUAAGAGAAGGCACUAUUUUCUUUGUCCACACAGGCAUCAAGAACUCAAGAAUUGUUCUGAGGGCGAGUGAUGGUGAGAAAGUGAGCAAUACUGUUGUGUUACGUGUCAUGGCAGUUCCUUUGGAGUACAGAGUUGUCAACAACUCAGGAAUAAAACUACUCCAAGGUGUUACAGCUCUGAUCACACCUAGUCAUCUGGCAGUUGAAACAAAUGCCAACCUCCAGGAGCUAGAGGUACGAUACGAGAUCACAGAGCCACCUCAGUUUGGGGAAGUCCAAAGGCAGCAUUCAAGGAGGGAAUGGAGGCGAGUCAACUCUUUCUCUCAACGCUCUGUUCAGCGCAGCCGUGUGAGAUACUGUAGUACUUUUAAAGAAAUUCAGCGGGAAAAUGUUACUGACCAAUUUAAAUUCAGAGUUAGCGUAGGAAACAGAAUCAGUGAAGAGCACACAUUUCCAAUCAAAGUGAAAUGGCUAAGGUACAGUUUAUUGAAACAUGCUCCUCUAGAAAUUGAAAAAUCAGAAAAGAAGUACUUGAAUUCCGAUAAUCUUUUUGCAACGAUUGUGGAUCUAGAAAUACCUGAGGAUGAGCUUAAUUUUAAAUUGCUGUCUGUGCCGAAGUAUGGACAAAUGCUACUCAAUGACCAGCCUUUGAAAAAAGAUUCAGUCUUUAGCCAGAAAGAUAUUACUGAUCAAAAAGUGGCAUAUGAAUUAAUCGGCAGAUACCAUGAAGACAAAUGUGAUUCAUUUAGAUUCCUCAUUUCUACAAAGUAUCUGGAGUCAAAUUUAUAUGACUUUGAAGUCUACAUCAAAUCAGAUUUCAGAAACAUUAUUUUGACUAACAAUGGCCUAACUGUUACUGAAGGUGAAGGAAAGUUAAUAACAAGCACAAAAUUGUUUGUGCAAACACCAGAUAAUAAAACUUUCCAAUAUAAACUUACACAGUUUCCUAAGCAUGGGAAAUUAAAACUGAUUAAUUUUUCGGGGUCACUUGAGAGUAAUGACAAUCUUACCACUUUCACUAACAAAGAUAUAACUGAUGAGCGCCUUAUGUACAUGCAUGACGAUUCUGAGACAACAUUUGAUGAAUUUCUUGUCAGAGCUUCCAGUGAAGAGACAGGAAAGUGGGCAAACUUUGAUCCAGAAGUAGAACCUUUUUCAGUAGAAAUUAGAUUCAACAUUUCUGUCCAGCUGAAGAAUGAUGAGAAACCAGUACGUGUAAUUGAUAAGGUAUUUAACAUAGUGAGAAAUGGGCAGCGAUUAUUAACUUUGGCAGAUCUUUGCUAUCAUGAUCCCGAUUCUGAUUUUGAUGAUGGACAGUUGCUAUAUACUAGACGUGGCAUUUCCAAUGGGGACUUGGUGCUAACAAAUGAUACCUUGCACAGACUCUACCAAUUCAAACAAGUGGACCUGGAGCAAAAGCAAGUCCUGUUUAUACACCAUGGUGCAGAUUUUGCACGUUUUGUGCUCUUUGUGACAGAUGGCAAGCACUAUACCUCUUUGCUUCUAGAAGUUAAUGCCACUGAUCCUUAUGUUAGGUUGGCAAAUAAUACAGGCUUGUUGGUUCAGAAAGGAAAAGAGGAAGCUGUUACAACAGAUAACCUAAGUGCUAUUACAAACCAAGACGUCAGAAAUGAUAGUGAGAUUACAUAUGAGAUAGUAUCUUUCCCACAAUAUGGAAGAAUAUAUGUAAAUAAUCUAUUGAUGGACUCCUUUACUCAACUUGAUCUGAUAAAGGGGUGUGUGACCUACAGGCAUGAUGGCAGCAACAACCUUACUGACACAUUUAACUUUACGGUCCGUGCUGGAGAUCUCCAUCUGGAUGCUGAAGUGCAUGUUCGCAUAUAUUUGGAAAGUUAUCAGUGGCCACCAAGGAUUGUGAACAAAAACAAUCUCUUAGUUGAAGAAGGAAAACCAGUUAAAAUCAGUAAAGGGAAACUGCAGGUUGUUCAUGAAAACAGUUCUCCAUCUGAGAUUGUGUUCACAGUAAGACAGCUUCCAGUACACGGAUACAUUCAGAAGUUUUCCUCAGAAGAAAGUUACCUUGAUGCUGACCAAAGGCCAUUUUUGAGCUUCACACAGCAAGAUGUUGACGAGGGCAAAGUUCAGUAUGUGCAGACAGUUUCUGACCAACUAGAUGACUGUUUUUCUCUGGAUGUGACCAACGGUGUCCGAACAGUGAGUGGAAUAGAGAUCUUUGUAGACAUCAUCCCCAGAAUGAUUCACCUGGAAGUACAGAACUUCACAGUAAUUGAAGGGGGCUCAAAAGCCCUGGUGGAAGAUUAUCUAAAAAUUUCUAGUAGAUACUUUGCAGGACUCAGCUGUGAAUUUAUUUUAAUUGAGCAGCCAAAACAUGGGUAUGUUGAAAACUCUCAAGUUCCUGGAAUAAAGUUAACCACAUUUACCAGAAAACAGGUGGAACAAGAACUGAUCUACUAUAUUCACGAUGACAGUGAGGAACUGACGGACAGUUUUACUGUGAUAGUAAAUUACACGGAAUUGUGGAAACAAAGCUUACCCCAAACUAUAUUUGUAACAGUUACUGCAGUAAAUGAUGAAGCUCCUGUUAUAAAAGUUAACAGAAUUCUUUGGGUCUGGGUGGGUUCAGUCACAGAAAUAACUGUUGAUGACCUAUGUACAGAAGACAAGGACUCCUCACCAUCAGAAUUGAUAUAUUCCAUUACUCCACCUAGCAAUGGACAUGUAGCUCUGAAGUCUUCUCCAAACAAGAGCAUCCUUAGUUUUACCCAGGCUCAUAUAAUUGAAGGGCAGCUGGUAUUUGUACACAAUGGUGCUCUGUCCCUCGUCUUCAGUCUUAUAGUGUGUGCUAGCUUCUUUGGCUCCUCCUUCAUCACUGAUGGAUGA